AUGCUCGUGUCCUCCUUCACGCGCCGCGCACGUCGUUCAGUCGCGUCCGUGGGGCUCGCCGCCGCCCAGUGCUUCAGUACCGGACGUAGCAGCACCAGUAGCAGCAGUAGCCGAAAGUGCAGCUCCACUAGCGCUCGUGCACGGGCAGACGAGACUGAAGCGCACAGGAGCGGCAGUCGCCUUGGUGCCGGUCCGGGUCUUGGCGAUUUUCUGCGCGAGUCGCAGCCGCUUAUCACGCGCGAGCAGACGGUCCAUGAGCCAAGUGAGAUGAACUUUCCUGUGACGAUGACGGGCACCGUCUGCUCGCUGGAAGAGCUGGAGGACAAGCAGCAGCAGCAGCGGCGGCGCUCCUUUAUCAUUGAGACAUACGGCUGCCAAAUGAACUCGGCCGAUUCGGAAAUCGUGCGCGCGAUUCUGCUGCAAGAUGGCUACAUGCCAGCAUCUACAGUCGAAGCUGCGGACAUUGUGCUGAUCAACACGUGCGCCGUGCGCGACAAUGCUGAAGCCAAAGUCUGGAACCGGCUCGAGUCGCUGCGCCAAUCGAAGGCCAAGCUCCUGCGCCUGAAGCAGAAGGACGUGCAGACUGUGGGCGUGCUGGGAUGUAUGGCUGAGAGACUCAAGACGAAGCUGCUGGAGUCGGACAAGAUGGUCGACUUGGUGGUGGGUCCAGACGCUUACCGCGAUCUACCCAACUUGCUGCGUGUAGUGCACGGCAGUGGGGAAGCAGCUGUGAAUGUUCAGCUGUCGUUGGACGAGACGUACGCAGAUAUUGCACCUGUGCGUGCAGAUCCUCACAGCCCAUCGGCUUUCGUGUCGAUCAUGCGAGGAUGCAACAACAUGUGUUCGUACUGCAUUGUGCCGUUCACGCGCGGACGCGAACGUAGCCGCGUCAUGAGCUCCAUUGUCGACGAGGUACGUGCGCUGAGUGAUCAGGGCAUUAAGGAGGUCGUGCUGCUUGGCCAGAAUGUCAACUCGUACCACGACGAAAAGUCCGAAGGUGCUGCAGAAAGAGGACGUGGCUACGUAUCAUCUGCUGGGUUCAGCAAUUUGUUUCGCUCCCGUGACGCACCUGGCUUCCGCUUCGCUGACCUGCUGGACGAAGUGUCACGUGUAGAUUCGGAGAUGCGACUUCGCUUUACGUCGCCGCACCCGAAGGAUUUUCCGAAUGAAGUGCUGGAUCUCGUGAACGAACGCGCUAACAUUUGCAAGCAGAUCCACAUGCCGGCCCAGAGCGGCAGCACCACGCUGCUGAAGCGCAUGCGUCGUGGAUACUCUCGUACGGCCUAUCUAGAGCUUCUGGACAACAUGCGAGCUCGUAUCCCUGGUGUAGCUAUUUCGUCGGACUUUAUCGCUGGUUUCUGUGGUGAGAGUGAGGAAGAGCAUGCCGACACAAUUUCACUGAUGCGUCAAGUAUGCUACGACCAGGCUUUCAUGUUUGCGUACUCGGUUCGUGCCCGUACGCACGCGGCACACCGUAUGGAAGACGACGUGUCCCAAGAAGACAAGCUGCGGCGUCUGCGCGAGGUUAUUGACACGUUCAGCGAGGUGGUCACGCGCAAGAAUUAUGUCGAGGACUCGGACCGUCUGCACGUCGUACUCGUGCAGGGCGCUAGCCGCCGGUCCACGGAAGAUGAUCCAAGGCUCACUGGCCUCACAGACACGGGCAAGCGCUGCGUGUUUCCCGACCAGCGAAUGCCGGGCUCGUUGCGUGCUUUCACCAAGCAGGCAGACGAGUUGGCUUUCGACUUCCUUCCUCUACAGAGUGCCGUAUCAGAGGGCACUCACGCUGCUCGUGGUGACUACGUGCUGGUGCGUGUCUGCGAAGCUGGACGUCACACGCUCCACGCUACUCCUGUGGCACGGACAACCCUGCAUGAGGUUGCACAGCUUGUGCCGUCAGAGUUGCUUGGUGCCAGACCGCACUCGCUCGAAGCUCUACAGCUUUAG